UACCGCCGACGGUCACAUAGAGACCCAAAUCUCUCCGCCGUGUCCCAUGCGCACUUUAGCCACUCCCUCUCCCCCAUGUUUAUCGUGUUCCAUGUUUAGCCAUGUCCGCUUCUGCCGCAAUAGCCGUGUCGUAUCCACCGCCGCCGUAGUAUCUCCAGCUCUGAGUUCCAGUAAUGCUGUCAAUUUGGAGAUAUGCGUUGCAGCGACUGUAUUAACUCCAUUAACACCACUUCUUGGUCUCUACUUUGGUUCUCAAGCUCACUGGCAGCUGAAUUUGUUCGGUGAACAUAUAAAAGGCUUUGUUGGCAUUAUUUUCUGUCCAAGGAGAAUUUGUCCGCUGCUAGCGAUGCCCAAGUUACAUAGAGAUGUGUGUGCAAGAAAUUAUCUGCACUUUAUUACAAGGUGUGGUCGAUCUUCCUGUCGUUGGAAAUUGCAAGACCUCGGAGUAAACCCGGGAUUCAAGCCUUGUGUUCGUUACAUAAUUCACUUGAGGAAGCAAAGAACAUUCUUCAACACUGUUUUGAGCCAUCACUGGGGAUGCUAUACCGUAGAAAUUGAGAAACCAAAAUAUGCAUGUAUGAAAAGUCUUAGACGCAUGGAGGACAUUGUUCCUAGAUCAAGUGGGUUUCAGCUCUGGUGGAACGUAGUAGAACUUCUUCUAGAUCAGCUAUGGUGGAGGCGACAUGCUUUAAAGAAACUCAUUGACUGGGAAAGUGUGGAAGAAGACAAGGGGAAGGAUUCCAUUGUGGCUUACAUCUUGCAUCUCAUGAAAAAGAAAUCAGGACAGAUUUUCAUUCCACCAGAAGAACAGAUAUCUUUGCAGCUUAUGCGUGAUCCUGUCAUUGUUGCUUCUGGACAGACUUAUGAACGGGUCUGUGUCGAGAAAUGGUUCUGUGAUGGAAAACUCUUGCCCCAAUACUCAGAAGCAGCUCCCACAUCUUUCCCUGACUCGCAACUACUGUGUUACAAGUCUGAUUGCGAGUUGGUAUCAGCAGAAUGGGAUCACUGCAUCAUUUUCUGUCCAAAGUAUUUCUGA